AUGGUCGUCUGCGAGGGCGGGGUUUGCAAAAUGAGGGGGAGUGCCGGAGGGAAGGCCGCCUGUUCAGCGCUUCAAAGGAUGUCCUCGGAGCCGCCCCCCAUCAAAUCGGCGAACCCCCUUGUCCGGCUUGAAGCUAUGGAACGCCUUCUUGCACAAUUCCGGCAUGUGGCGGGCAAGACAGGGUGCCUGGGACCAAAGGAGUUUAAAAAGGCUGCGGAAAUCAAGUCGGAUUUUUUUGCAUCCCGUCUGUUCAAGGCGAUCGACACAGAUGGGAACAGUCUCGUGACAUGCGAUGAGUUUGUCAACUUCAUGUACACACUGGAGUGCCAAGACAUGCGGGGUCGCCUCCAGAUCCUGUUCAAUGUGUAUGAUAUGGAUGGCUCUGGAGGGUUGACCCUAGAUGAAUUGAUUGAGCUACUGUUGGCGAGCGUGCAAGAGAGCAAUUCUCAGAUGGAGCUAGAAGUCGUCGAGCACCUUGCGCAAACCAUAAUGGAUAGCUUCGAUGUGGAUGGCGAUGGGGAAAUAUCGUUUGAGGAGUUUGUGGAAGCCACUUCAAAGUACCCAGACCUUGUUGUGGGUCUGACGUUGGCGAACCUGGGCAAAGACUCCAGGAAAAGGAGGUUGAGUGUAUGGGGAGGGAUAACAUAUACACUUCAGCAACCUUUCAGAACAGUGAUCAACAAUCCCCAGCGGACGCUGUGGCUCGUGGUGCUCAUCGCCAGCCUGAUGGCAAUGUUCUAUUGGCGGCUGUCCAUGUACAUGCAUGGGCCAAAGUGUGACCUGAUGGGAUGGACGCUCCCCUUGGCCAAGGGCUGUGGGCAGAUGAUCAAACUCACAACCACAUUGAUCUUGUUGCCGGUGUCGAGAGCCACGAUGACGUGGCUGAGGGCAACCCCUCUGCGACACAUCAUCCCCUUCGACGAUGCCAUGCAGUUCCACAUCCUGUUGGGGACUCUCGGAUUCGUCUUUGCAUGGAUUCACACACUUGCCCAUGUGAACGACAUCUACAAAUGGGGAGAUAGACACCAUUCAGAAUUGUUCAAGGCGGCUUUCCCAGAAGAGCAAAGGCAGCCAUCCCACAUGGAGUUGUGCAUGUCUCUGGUUGCAGUGACGGGCAUGAUUCAGCUGAUAUCAUACUCCCUGGUGUUCUUAACAGCUUCCAACUGGCCACGACGAGCACCAUGGAUGGUGAAUACUCGGCUUGGGAAGUAUUUAAACAAUUUCAAGUUGAUAUGGCGCGUGCACCACCUUGCUGCAGUGUACAUAGUUUCUCUGCUGUUCCAUCCAAUGCCAAAUCUUCCUGACGAAUCUAAUGAAUGGGGCUACAGCGAUGUCUGGGUCUGGGUCGGUGUUCCUGUGUUCAUCUACAUCCUGGAGAGGAUUGCGCGGCUAUACCGGCAGACGAAGGAUGUCCAAAUUCUUUGUGCCGAGCUGUUACCCGGCAAGGUGUUCUCUCUGAUGUUGACCAAACCAAAGGGCUUUGAGUACAAAACUGGGAUGUACCUGUAUGUCAUGUGCCCCACCAUUUCUCAGUGGGAGUGGCACCCUUUCUCCAUCACAUCUGCUCCAGGGGCGGACCACUUGAGCCUGCACAUCCGCGUAGUUGGUGAUUGGACCGAGGAGCUGUACAAUCGCUUCCUUUCAUAUGGUCGCACUGUGCGCCAUGAGGAGCUGUUGCAGACCUGCCUGAGGACGUUUGUGCCCACCCUGGAGUCUAAAGCAAAGGCACAGGGACUACAGGACACAGAGCCAUCCCCCGUGGCACUGGCAACAGUGUCGCAGCAAGUGCUGAACGGGAUGCCUCUUGUGAAAGACUCCACCAGGAUUGAACGCAAGGGCUCUGUGCCGCUGGAACACUGGCCUUCCUGCUUGUUGGAGCAGGGAAUGGAACGCCAGUGGUCAUCGAAGUCCACAAACAUGGUCCGCCAACUGUCUGCCCCUCCAUCGGUCAUCUUCCCACCAGCCUCUGCCUGCGAUGCAGAACUCAGGGGCGGCACCCCCUUCCAUGUACCCAUCUCCGUGAACGCCAUGUAUGAGGACAGCUGGGAUGAUGUUGGCCACAGCAGCGAGGGAAGCAGCGCAAAGGCAGCAGGCACCAAUAGCACAAGCCAAGAAGAGUAUCGGGUUGUGAUUGUGGAGGACACAUCUUCAGCAGAAUCUGCCGUCUCUGCACUGUCCCCUGGGCUGUGUCCUGUGCGAUCUUCCGUACGGUCGCUGCCCCGGUCUCCUGUGCCAUCACCUGGACGGAAGGUGACUUUCAAAGGGCCAGCGGCAACUCCCUUUGCUUCAACGGCUGUCAGUCCCAGCUUGGACUGCAUAGAGGAAGGGAGACCAGCAGAUGAACCAAUGCCGAUCAAGGACAGCCCAGUGUACGCCCACACACCACGCUUGCAGCAGCGGCAGCACUCCUUCAUUUACAAUCUCGACCAUGUGAAGAACCCGGAGAUCGCAGCAGGCGACAUUCCUGUGAAACUGCGCAUCGAUGGACCAUUUGGAGCACCGGCACAGGGCUACACAGAUUACUCCGUGCUGCUGUUGGUUGGGGCUGGAAUCGGUGUGACACCAUUUGCCUCAGUGCUGAGCGACCUGAUCCACAGAAUGCGGCAGUCUUCCAAGGAGGGGUCUGUAAUUCCACAGUUUCAGAAGGUCUACUUUUACUGGAGUGUUCGGUCACAGUCUGAGGUGGUGUGGUUCAGUCGGGUGUUGGAGGCAAUCGGCAGAGAAGAUGUGCUCGGAAUUUUAGAUAUCAAUGUGCACAUCACAGGUCUGCGACAAGCCAAUGACGUUCGAACCAUGCCGCUCAAGUUGUUGCAGGUGGCGGUGCACAAGCAGACUGGCAUGGAUGUCAUGUCGGGGCUCAACGGCCGUGUGCUCACCCGCUUUGGCCGCCCUGAUUGGGCCAGGGUGUUCCGCGACCUGCAAGUCCGACACAGCAAGGAGAAGAAGAUCGGCGUAUUCUACAGCGGUCCCAACACGCUCGCGUCCGUGCUCAAGAAGCUGAGCAACAAGUACUCCACGCGUGGCAAUAAAUUCCAUUUCACCAAGGAGGCCUUUGGUUACUGGUGA